GCAUCACCGGUGCGUGCUGCUGCUGGCUGUCCGCGCGCGCUCUCUCGCUCUCACCGGUGUUGCUCACCGUGUCCCUCGCGCACCUCCACUCCAGCCGACGACAGAAAGAGACAAGACGAAGCAAAUACCAAGAGCAGCAGGAAAGGAAUAUUAUUAGUGAAAGAUGGAGGAAUGAUGAGAGGACGGUUAGCAGACGGACAGGAGAACCGCUGUCGCAGAGGACAAGAAGAAGAGGGUGGAUGAGAGAGGGAAACAGUCACAUCGGCUGUGAUUUUGGAGAUAUCUCUCAGGCAAAGUGAGGGAGAAAAAGGCAACACUCUGAGGAUGCCAACAAUUCACCGUGUGUGAGAGGAAUAAUUAUCAUGUGUCGGAAUUAUUGUGGUGGACUAACAUGUCGAUUUUGGCAACCUUUUGUCGCGCAGCAGCGUUUCACUGUGCGUAAGACGGCUAAACACGCAUUUUAGAAAUACAAAAUUGCUGCUAGGGGUAUAUUUUUUUGCAGCAUCAUUUGUGCUUGGCUUUCCUAAGGAGAUUUGUUUUGGGGGUAAAGGAGGACGUUUUUUUAUAAAGAGGCGACCCCCCACCUCCUCCUCCCCCUUACAUAAAUGUUUGCGUGCCGUUAGUGCUCUCUUUCUCUGUCGACCCCCCUCUCCCUCUCCCUCUCCUCUGAAUAGAUUUGCGUCCCACACGCAGACAGUCGCAUCUCAUAUCCACACAGACCUGGACAUUAUCUCACACGCACGCAAACACACAUAUGCAUACAUAAUGAUACAGACAGACCUCACCCCCCUCACCCACCCGACCCUCUCACUCACCACUAUCUGAUGACUCCCCGGCGUAGAGGUGGACGUGGUACGGAACCGACUGUAGCAUCAUCAUCAUCCUUAACACUACCACUGUCAUCCUCACCAUCCUCCUCUUCCUCACUACCACCAUGUCUUCGUCGUCGCGCAAGAUCUCCUCGGAGUCGUUCAGCAGCUCGGUGGGCUCAGACUGCGGGUUGGAAAGCCCCGGGGGAGACGCGGGGGAUGGAGGUUUGGAGCCGGUGGAGGAGAUCCGAGGUUGCCCCUUCUCCUCUCUACACUCUUCCCACAGAGCGGUGCUCUGGAACGGCCGCAGCCCCGCAGAGAGACCAGCGUGUCCGGUGGUAGAGGAGCAGCCUGGACCCGGGGCCCCCCACAAGAGGGUGACCAGGAGGAGACGGGUGAACCUGGACUCGCUAGGGGAGAUCCUGAGGAGACUGACCUCACCCACGACACAGACUGUUCAGGAGGCUCUCCAGCGAACUCUACAUUUCUACAGACAACAAGAAAUCCGGUGUCAGGAAGUUGGCAGUGAGGAGAGACGGAAAGAGAGGAGAGAUGAGAAGUGCCCAUUCUUAGAAAAUUCAGGUUCGGAAGAAGAUGUCCUACAAAUCCUGCAGUACAUGGCCACCAUACUGGGCAUACCAUUCUGUGAGCUGCGAGAGCAUUUCGGAGAGGAGUUCUUUGGCCUCUGCUUUGAAGAAAAUGAACGAGUGCUUCGGGCUGUAGGCGGCAACCUCCAGGACUUCUUCAACGGCUUUGAUGCCAUCUUGGAACACAUCCGCACCUCCACGGGUCGCCGGGCCUCAUCUGAGAGCCCUUCUUUCCAGUGCAAGGACCCCUAUGAGGAGGAGACAGGGAGAAGACAAUUGGACAAAGUUGGAGAGCGAGGAGAAACGGAUGGAAGAGGGAAGGAGUUGCUUCUUCACUGUUUCAACCCGGGCCCUGUGGUUGGAUUGGUCAUGCCAGGGUUCAUCAGAGCUGUUGCCAGGCGGAUCUUUUAUUCAGAAGUUGAGGUGGAAGAGGUGCCUCCUCUAACUCCCUUAUUGCCCAAUGAAGAUACAGAACACACAGACGGUGACUCCACAACCCCAACCCCAACCCCACCGACUGUGUCCCCCACCGCCUCACCCUCGUCGUCCCCGUCCCCGUCCCCUCCCUCUCCUUUCCAAACCUCUGUUCCCACAGUUUGCUUGUCCUUCCAAAUCCAGGAGACAAGCCCUCCUUCCCUCCCCUCCCUCCCAAAUUCUGUGCCGGUGUGCACUAAACGCCCCCUAGUCCCACUCUCCACCAACCCCAGCGAUCUGCGCAUCGGCCUGGCCACGUUUUGCCGUGCCUUUCCGUUUCACCUCGUCCUGGGGCCUCGCAUGGAGCUACUGCAGCUCGGAGAAGGAUUGAGGAAACAGGCUCGCAUUGAGCCGCACCGGUGCCACGCGUUCAGGGACUGUUUUGAGAUUGUCUCACCCAAGAUGGAGCCUUCGUUCAAGGGCAUCCUGCUGAGGCUUGCAUCCCCGUUUACCAUCCGCACCAGGCCUGAUAUCACACAGUCUGGCACCAAGGAGAAGGUCAUGGAGUUGAAGGGUCAAAUGAUCCAUUUGCCCGAGUCCAGCUCCAUGAUGUUUCUGGGCUCGCCACGUGUCGACAAGUUGGAGGAGCUGAUGGGCAGGGGUCUCCACUUGUCAGAUAUCCCCAUCCAUGAUGCCACACGAGACGUUAUCCUGGUGGGGGAGCAGGCCAAGGCCCAGGAUGGCCUAAAGAAGAGGAUGGACAAACUGAAGGCCACGUUAGAGAAGACUCACCAGGCACUGGAGGAGGAAAAGAGGAGAACCGUGGAUCUCCUUUAUUCCAUAUUUCCGGGUGAUGUGGCACAGAAACUGUGGCAGGGUCAGCCGGUGCCAGCACGCAAAUUUGAUGAUGUGACCAUGCUGUUCUCAGACAUCGUGGGAUUUACUGCCGUGUGUGCCCAGUGUACACCUAUGCAGGUCAUCUCAAUGCUGAAUGAGCUUUACACACGCUUCGACUACCAGUGUGGCAUUCUGGAUGUUUAUAAGAUCGAGACAAUAGGCGAUGCCUACUGUGUGGCGGGAGGACUUCACAAGAAGGUGGACAGUCACGCCAAGCCGAUUGCACACAUGGCCCUGAAGAUGAUGGAGCUUUCUGAAGAAGUGCUAACUCCUGAUGGGAGACCUAUCAAGCUAAGGAUCGGGAUCCACACAGGUUCGGUUCUGGCAGGCGUGGUCGGGGUUAAAAUGCCACGUUACUGCCUGUUUGGGAACAACGUGACACUGGCCAGCAAGUUUGAAUCGGGGAGCCAUCCGAGAUGUAUCAAUGUCAGUCCCACAACUUAUCAGUUCCUGAAAGAUGACCGCUCCUUUUCAUUUGUCCCUCGCUCAAGGCUGGAGCUCCCAGAUAAUUUCCCCAAAGAAAUCCCGGGGACAUGUUACUUCCUGGAGGCGGGAACAUCUCACAGCCACGCCUCAUUGACCAGCUCUCGCUCUGCCCCCCCGACCUCUAUGAGGAAAGUCUCCUACAGCAUUGGGACCAUGUUUCUAAGGGAAACAAGUCUGUAGGUCCCGUACACUGACUAGGAUACGCAGAUAUUCAUAAUGAGAGAGGCUGGAUUUGAACCUAUGGAACAUGCAGGGAACAGAUCACAGAGAAAAAAUGUGGAUAUGCAACGGAGUUCUCUGAAAACUUGCAUUCAGACCUGUGGGCUGGCCAAUAUGAAUGAACUUGUUGCAUCAUUGUAGGUGAAAAAACCACAAUAUGUCCUCAUCUCACCUGAGCAGAGAGAUAUGGUUCAUAAAACUUGAGGAACAGCAGUUGAGUUGGUCUCACACAGACCCGUCCCUAAGGAAGUGUAGUGAUGGGGGCGAUGAGCAGAGAAACCUUAAAGGUGGGGUAUGGGUAAGUUUGAGAAACCGGCUAGAGUGCGCUAGAAUUCGAAAAUACACAACCGGAAAAAAUCUGCCACUUCCUUACAGAGCCCCUCCUCCAACACACACGAACGCGCACAUGACCAAUGAGGGCACGAGAUAAGUUUGUGCACAGAUGGAAGGCUGACAGGCAGGUAGGCCAUCCAGUUAUUUUAGCUGGGCCGGCUCAGAUGAUUGGUCGUGCUUUUUACAGUACUACGGCUUCCACAGAUGACGUUUUUUUAUGGAUUUUUUGUCAAAGCAUUUAAUAUAUUCAUUGCUAUCGGGAUGUUGAGAGCAUUCCAUGGAAUAUAACAAAAAGUGUAUCUCGAGCCGGUUUCUCAAACUUACCUACCCCACCUUUAAUAUAAAACACAGUGAUCUAACCAAGUUCCUAGUUCUCUCCCUAACAGCACCUUGACGUGGGUCAAGAGGCAACAAUUCUUGGAUGAAAAUCAUUACCACUGUUGCACACAUAAGCAAUGGAAUUGGGCAACCAGAACAUAUCCCAUUCCCAUUAACAAGGAUGAGGCAGAAGAAUGAAGUUGUAUGAACUUUAGAGGAUGGCAACAUUGUGCUUCAUGGCCACUUGUACAAGUUAAACCCCUGCUGAAGAACAAUACAACUCCCCUUUCAACUGUCCCUAAAUCAUGUCAUGCUUUACCAAACAUACUUCUAACAUCUGCUGCUCGUUACAUCCAUCUUCAAAAGACAUUUGGUGGGUGUGUGGAAGGGGACGGAUGAGAGGCACAAACAAGGAGAUAGGUUUGAAGAGGGGUCAUCAAAGGACAAAUGCUAAAUAAUGCUACUGCUAAGCUGAUCUUAGAGCCUUUUAUGCUUCUAAUUCACAGGAAACUAUAACCAACAAUAAUACAGCCAUUUCAUUGCAGGUAAUAUGUUUAGGACUGAAAAUGAUUCCCAACUCAGUGCCUUUUUACUGCUCAAAUCAGAACAAACACAAGAUGGGUUAGGUUUAAAUAUUUGAAAAUAAAAUAAAACACAAGAGCGCUUCACUUAUCGAAUGUUUCUAUUUUUUUCCCAUGUCUUUUUCUUCGCUCUAGGCCACCAAAAGUUACAACUAGUACGUUCUUUCAUUUGAGAGGGUAAUAAGUGACAAGAUAAAUCAAGCGCUUCUGAAAUAUUAAAAAUAUUUAAAAUUCUAUCCAUCUUUGUUUCGGAUCAACCAAUAAUACACACAAUAUAGUACUAAUAAUAUAGUACUAUACUAACUUGUACACAUAGUCGAAGUAUGCAUGCUUGACACGGUUCACAUUGACAUACGUAAUAUUUUUUAAUUGCAUUGUUUUUUUCACCACAUUUAUAUAAAAGUAUACACUAACCCAAUGCAAAUGUAACCAACAGGAUUCAAAUUUAAGUCUACUAGUUUGCUGGUAGACUGAGUAUAAUUGACUCAGUGGAAAUCUCAGGCCUUCCAAAUACUUCUGCGUAGCUUAGUAACCCAGACAUGGGAAAAUAAGUUUUGAGCAAGAGAAGCUUCAUUAUCUGUCGUAAAGUGAGAAGACAAGGGUCGAAGUUGGAUAGUCUUUGAAUAUUUGACAGGCUUGUCACAUUUGAAAACCUACUUCAUGUAAUUAACAUUACAUUCCUGCCACCGUUCUGGUUGUUGACAUCACAUACAUGUGACAUCAGUGGAGUACAAAACAUACAUUUUAUAUCAAUUAAAGGUGUUGCAGAGUUGGCCCUCAGAGAAGAUAAUUGUAUUUAGUCUCAUGAAAUAUUAUGUUUUUAUGUUGAUAGAAAUGUUUUCUAUAACUAAACAAAGUACUUAGAUAUGUGUUAACGUCACAUCCCACUUUUAGGCUAUUAGAAAUGAAAAAGAAAGAUUUGAAAUCUAGAUUGUUUAAACUUAAAGUACUAAUACCUGUGUGUGCUUACCCUACUUGGUGUAAAAUAAAAAUGUUUUCUUAAUUGUACAACAGCAUCACAAUAAGGCUUACUUUACUGAUAAAACAACUUACAUGUAAUAACUCAACUGUUAAUAGCUGCUCUUCUAAAGACAUCGUUUGACAAUGGAAAACUCCAGCACUGGGUUUAUUUAUCUUUUCAAUCACAAACCUCCACCAGGAAUGGAAAGAGACUAGCAAGUUUUAAUUUCAUUGCAUCUGAUAAAGGACACAGUUGAUGUAUCUCUAAAACUUUAAAUGAAAUGUGCCAAUUUAAUUCUGAGAAAACACCAGCACAGGCUUAUCAAAGUAAAGGAUUUGGUUCCUGCUGUCAGUUCAAUCAGGAGAGAUGGUUUUGAUGUAAGAAUACAUAUUUAUUGCCAGGAAUACACAAAUUAAUGUAAUGGAGUUUUGGCGAUUAGGCCCCGUUGUCCAGGAGUAUCAUUCGGGAGGGGAGAACCGAUCCAAUGAAACCCCCGGGGUCUAGACACUGGUGGUGGUGAAUGGAUAGUUUGGUUCGAUCUGAAGGGGAGUGGCUUAGCUUGACCCUGGAUUCGAGAGACAGGAGUGGCUGAGAUGGACACCAGCAUAACAAAGCAAUGUGCCAUAUAUGAAUAAAUGAUGGGAGGGGAAGCUAAAAAAGAAAAAGAAAAGCACACAUUUUCACCUGCCAGUGUUUGAAUCAGAUCGUUUUUGAAAUGUUGGUAAUUAUUGUCAUAAAUAUUUCCAACAUCAUUCCUCUGACAGCCGUAGCAUUAGUUAGCUUGGAACGCUUGCACAUUUACAAAAUGUAUGACCUAUUUUUUCAAUUGUUUCCUAUUCCUUUAAGUUUACUAUGCAGUAUAUAAUUAAUAGUGGAUUAGCCAACACUGUCAACUAAGCAUACAUUCACUCAGUCGAAGACUUGGGGGUAUAGUUGUAUCUUAAAGAAUCUGUAACACAAUCAAAUGAUGUGUAUUAACUCAGAAAUAAUGCCAAGUGGCAACUAAACUAAGUUAGCAUAUCAUUUUUUUGCUACACUUUGAAAGCGGCAUAUAUGUUGUUCAAUUUAUAUUGCUUUGUGGCAACAGAGCCAAUACAGUUCCUUAGACUAUUGAUGAACAUUAAUAUCUGUUUGGGUGAUAUCAUAGAAAACCAUUAUCUGCAACACAUACAUCAGGGAAACACACUUCAUGUAGGCCCAAUCUGUAGGGAUACUUCAGUGGCUAAGACACAACAUGUAUCCUCAUGGUAAUGUUUACUUUCCUGCCUAUGAAAAGUUAAAUAGGUAUAUUAUUAUUGCCAAAUACACCAGAGAAUAGUCCAUGUGGGAAGUUCCCCAUGUCUUUAAGUCCUGGGGAAAUGAAUACUGCUAAGCCUUACUUGAACUGAUGGUAUAAGCAUAAGAUAAUAAUUUAGGAGGUUAAAUGGACCAUUUUAUGGAAGUCUUCUUAGCUCUAUUUUAGUUACCGAUGUUCCAUAUGGAAACAUGAACAAAUAAGCGCUCCCUUGUGUAUGCACUUAUUAGGGACAUAUUGGGAACACAGGAAAAGCAACAAUUUGAUGUUACACUUGGAGGAAGACGUAUAUAAAUACAGCCUCACAAUUAUGUGUUAGUUCACAAUAUAUACUGUAGAGCUCCAGGAAUGAGUAAAACAACAUGGAAAUUAUUUAGCAUUUUUUUGCUUACGGUCCCCUUGCCUAAAAUUCCACGGGUGUUUAGGUAAGAUGCCUUAUAUAAGGCCUUUGCUUUGUUCUACAACAUGGAAUUAGUCAGGCAAUACCCCACACAUGCAUUUUCUAUCUUUUUACGUUUCUUAAAAAGGCAGUUUCUAACAAAUGGCCAAAUAGGACAAUUUGAAGUCAUUGCGCUGAACAGUUGUCUGCCCAGAGCUAAAUAAAGUAAUGCAGCCGUGGUGUAGUUCCUUUAUAGUAGGUUUUAACCUCGGGUAAA